CGGGGCGGAGCUUGGAUUGGCUGGGCGGAGGUCAUGUGGUGUGGAGGCUGCCUCUGGCGGCGGCCGUGGUGGUGGUGGUGGGAGACAAAUAAACAUGGAGGCCAUCUUCCACGAGAGGGUAAGCGGAGCGAGAGUGGCGGCGCCGGGGGGGCCUGUGGGGGAAGCGGGAGAGGCUUUCCUGAGGGAGCGGCCUGCCUGCGAAGAGAGGGGAGGCUCGAGGGGGAAGCCGCGUGGCUUCGGCUCUUGCCGUCCGCCUGGCCGCUCCAGGGGCUGCAUUGGAAGCCGCCUGGGGAAGCCUCUCCCCCUGGACACAAGUUUAUGGACCUUCGGUUGUGUGAGGGGCGAAGGGGGCCCUCGUUUUGGGACGCUUCAGUGGCACUUGGUGGGGGGGGCAGGUUAAGCAGUUGUUUAGUCGCGUCCGACUCUUCCUGACCCCGUGGACCAGAGCACGCCAGGCACUCCUGUCUUCCACUGCCUCCCGGAGUUUUGUCAAAUUGAUGUUGGUAGUUUCAAGAACACUGUCCAGCCAUCUCGUCCUCUGUCGUCCCCUUCUCCUUGUGCCCCCAAUCUUUCCCAACAUCAGGGUAUUUUCCAGGGAGUCUUCUCUUCUCAUGAGGUGGCCAAAGUAUUGGAGCCUCAGCUUCACGAUCUGUCCUUCCAGUGAGCACUCAGGGCUGAUUUCCUUAAGAAUGGAUAGGUUUGAUCUUCUUGCAGUCCAACAAAAGUAGUGCCCGUCGAAAUGAAUGGAAGUUGCACAGCAACAAGGCUCAUGGGACUCUCAAGAGUCUCCUCCAGCACCAUAAUUCAAAAGCAUCAAUUCUUCGGCUAUCAGCCUUCUUUAUGGUCCAGCUCUCACUUCCAUACAUCACUACUGGGAAAACCAUAGCUUUAACUAUACGGACCUUUGUUGGCAAGGUGAUGUCUCUGCUUUUUAAGAUGCUGUCUAGGUUUGCCAUCGCUUUUCUCCCAAGGAGUUCCCUAAUCCGCAGACCCUCCAAGGGUCCCUGUUUCCCAGGGACACCCAGUCCCGGAUUUACAGAAGCCGUUGCGGUUUCUGAUUUGAUCCCUGAAUGUCCUGCUUUUCCUUAGGGCAUCCCUAUUUUCAUCAGAGAAAUGUUGGAGGGUAUGGCGGAAUGUCCCUAUUUUCUUUGGAGAAAUUUUGGAGUUAUGGAGUUAUACGACCCUCCGAGCCAUCUGAAGGCAAUCUUGUAUAGGGAAGUGGGGUUGUUUUUUUUAAAAAAAGUUUAAUUAUGUUUUUCUAUAUGUUGGAAGCUGCCCAGAGUGGCUGGGGCAACCCAGUCAGAUGUGUGGGGUAUAAAUAGUGAAACUGUCAUCAUGGAAUGGGACGUCUCUAUUUUCAUCGGGAAAAUGUUGGAGGGUAUGAAUCCAUCCUAAUUGCUUUUAUGAUCUCUGCUCUUAGUAAUAGUAAUAAUAAUAAUUUUAUUUAUACCCCACCCAUCUGGCUGGGUUGCCUCAGCCACUCUAUAUUUCUAUACUAUCGUUGUGUCCUAUCGCUUGAAAGGUGGGGAUGUUUAGAGAGAGAGAGAGAGAGAUUUUCGAGAUCACCCUUGUAUUUGUUAGAGGAAGGGUGAUCUCGAAAGUCUGAAAAAAAUAACGAAGUAAACUCUUGUCCUCCUCCUUUUUCUACUGACAGGAUACUAAUGAUCAUUGGAAAUGGCUAAUCCCCCAUUAAAAGAUGUUCAUAUAAGUGUAAGCUGGGUGGCACAGAGGAGUGUUUUUCUUUUUAUUCCUUCCUGGUGGGGCAAGUGCGGGGCAACUAACCCUGCUGCUAGUGGCAAGGAGUACAAAAUAGGGAAGUGGUGGUUCAGCUUGAAGGACAAGGGUGAGUCACAAUCCUAGUUUGAAGGGCACUGCUUAGUUCAAAACAUUGUCCGCUCCACUGACAUCUGUAUAAUGUAUCUUUGCUGUGCCUUAGCUACUUUACUUGUACAGUAUUAAAUAAUUUUUUUCUGUCCUAAACAUAUGACCAGCUUGCUAUUUUGAAAACAUGUGAUUUUAAAAAUAAUUUGAUAAUAGUGUUGCACAUGACUUUCUUUGCUUUUGGCACAACUUUUUUCAUCUUUCAUUUUUUCAUGUUAUCUACUAGUGAUAAGGCAAACAUGCUUGCCUCCAAGAUGCAGUCACCUUAUCAACUUAUAAGCAAGUGUGAUAUAUCCUGGUCACUCCUGCAUUUCACUUCUGGUACAACAUAACUUGAUUAGCUUGAUGAGUAUAUUGUAUUGCUUGUGUUAAUUGUCUGGAAAUAAUUUACCACAUUCAUAUCCUGUCCUUGCUCCAAGGAGCUCAUUGUACCAUUCAUGGGCUAACUAAUUUGAUCUCUUACAACAACCUUGCAAGGCAGUUCAGACUGAAAUGUUGUAACUUUUUUCAGGACUGAGGCAAAUUUAAAAGAAAUAUAUUUUUCUAGUCAGACACUCUGUGUGACACCCCAUUCAGUGGAAACUGGACUAGAUUCAUCUUGAUAUUCCUUCCAGGUCUUAAACUUUAUUAAUAUUCUUAUAAAUUAACUCCCCCUCCAGGGUUUUGGGUACAGUUUAAUAGAUUAUAGCAAACAUAUGUGGAAAACACUUCUGUACACAAUGAGGUUACUCAGUAUCCCCUUCUACAGCUGUUGUCUCUUAUGCCUUACAAAAAGCAGCUCCAGAGCAUUGGUCCAGCUUGACAGCGUGAGAAGCAAACUUGAGCUCCACUUUAAUGAUAAACAGUUCUUCAAAAAAGAUUCCUCUUCCAUGAAAAGAAAAAACUUUCUAUGAAAUGUUUUCAGAAAUUUAAAUGCAGAGCUCAUGUUCUAUUUUCUGAAGUAAGAAGACAUAGGGAUAUAGAAGCCUUUUAGCUAAAUCAGUUGUGAUUGCAUAAAGGCACAAAUAUAAUUAUAUGUCUCAAAGAUACAUCAUCCUACACACAUUCUUUCUGACAAAACAUUGUGCACACCCUAUUUCCUCAACUUCUAAGCUGGAAUGUGAUAUUGUCAUUGUUGUUUUGCAAAGCAGCCCUAUAUACAGGCUGAAUGAAAAUGUUCUGUCAUCAACACUUUUCUUGAAGUUGGGAAGUGUUUGCUACUUCAUUCUGAACUCAAUAGUAUAAUUGAACAAUUGAUGCCCAAAAGAUUCAGUCAAGUCACCACUGGCUUCCUAUUUGUCCCUUAGUAUAUUCCUGAGCCAAGUACUGUUCUCCCAUCCCCAGAAUUAUGCCUUUUAUCCACUUUCUCCCAUGCAGGCGAAGAAAUGGGGAAAGAGGCUCUUUAAUACCUUCUUCAACUGUGAACCACAAGAAGUUCUCUGUCCUCAUUAUAUAAAUCCCUCUGUUUGCCUGUGUAGUAGUUUGUGCAUGGUGGCGAGCUGCUUGGAACUCUUAGAGAGCCUCUGUUUAUGGUCACACUUGCAGUGCAAUCCGAUACAUGUUUAUCCUGAAGUAAGCCCAACCAUGGUUAGUCUUGCUUGUUCUCAGGUAGAUGUGCAUAUGAUUGCAGUCUUAGUACGGGAGGUGAUGAUGAUGAUUACAGUGGUACCUCGGUUUACGAACUUAACCCAUUCCGGAAGUCUGUUCUUAAACCAAAGCCAUUCUUAAACCGAGGCGCUCUUUCCCUAAUGAGGCCUCCCACCACCAGUACCCUUCCACGGUUCGGCUUCCGUUCGUAGACCGAGGUAAAGUUGGCUAACAAGAACACUAUUUCCAGCUUUGCGGAGUUCAUAUACCUAAUAGUUCGUAAACAGGGCUGUUCUUAAACCGAGGUGAAAAGGUAAAGGACUGCUGACAGUUAAGUCCAGUUGCAAACGACUCUGGGGUUGCGGCGCUCAUCUCGCUUUACUGUCCGAGGGAGCCGAUGUUUUUCCAGGUCAUGUGGCCAGCAUGACUAAGCUAAUUCUUGCGAAACCAGAGAAGCGCACAGAAACGCUGUUUACUUUCCCGCCGGAGCGGUACCUAUUUAUCUACUUGCACUUUGAUGUGCUUUUGAACUGCUAGGUUCAAAACUGCUAGGUUGGCAGGAGCAGGGACUGAGCAACGGGAGCUCACCCCGUUAUGGGGUUUUGAACCGCCGACCUGAUUGGCAAGCCCUAGGCUCAGUGGUUUAGACCACAGCACCACCCGCAUCCCUUAAACCGAGGCACCACUGUAUUUCUUUUUUUCAGUUUUCUGUUGUGAGCAACAAAAGUGAUUGAAGCAUGGCAAUCCCUGGAAUAUUUGAGUGAUUGUGUUAAAGCUUCUGUUGCUUUUCCUGCUGAGGAGGAUUGGGUUAGAAAGCAAGCAACUAAUUUAACUAUAGCCCACUAUUUAGUCAAAGUAGCUUGCAACAGUUGCAAGCCAUUAAAAAGAUGUGGCAAAAGAUGGUGGAAGGAUACUUGAGUAUAGUCAUACCUCAGGUUACAGACGCUUCAGGUUGUGUUUUUUUGGGUUAUGGACCGCCGAAACCUGGAAGUACUGGAACGGGUUUCUUCCGGGUUUUGGCGGUCACGCAUGCGCAGAAGCGCCAAAUUGCAACCCGCGCAUGCGCAGAUGCACCACUGCGGGUUACAAACGUGCAUCCCGCACGGAUCAUGUUCGCAACCCAAACGUCCACUGUAUAGCAGUCCCUUCUGGCACCUGAUGGUCCACAUGGCAGGUUUUUCCCUACAGAGGCAGGGACAAGAAGGAGCUGCAAAUGGAUUUGGGCUGGCUGAAAGUAUUGCUUGUGUGGAUAGAGGUAAUGUUGCUGACCCUUCAAUCUUUGAUUGUAAAUAUGACUCAAAAGAUUGCUGACCCAAAGACUUAAAUAUUUUUGUAUCCUGUGACCAUUGGCAUAUUUGGCAUUGGGAAGUUCAAUCAAGUAUGACAACCACAUUGAAGAAGAGAGAAAAUUCCAAUGCCAUAUAUUUAUGAAUAGAUGUGUGCCUGACAAUGUUAACUGCUAUUCACGUGCCUGCUGACAUUAGGCAGUAGUCCUUGAUGGAGUUGUACCUCAGUCUGCCUAAUAGGAGACCAAAUUAUUAAAAAUACUUUUUUCAAUAGCAGUGGUAAACUUUAUUAUAUAAUACAGUUGAUGUGCAUAUUUUGACACAGAAUCCAAUAUGUGCAACACUGUUAUGCAUGGCCUAGUUUGCUAGCAGCUGCACAGUAAAUAUGUGGGAUUGAUUGGCCAAGAGAAGAAAGGCCUAAAGAGGCAAUUCAGAAAAGCUCAAGUGAUUGGGACUGGGCUUCUGCUGUUGCACAAUUUUUGUGACAUGUACCUUUGCAUGGACUUUGCUGGAUAAUGCUUCUAUAAUAAAAAUGGAAGUGACUUAAAAGCUCUUGAAGAAACAGUCUGUUCAGCUUCGUGUCUUUAGACCUGUCCAUUUCACUGUCAAGAGAGGGAGAGCAUUUCUCAAAGUGACAAAACACAGAAGUCUUUUAAAAACACAACAUUCCAGCUAAAGCAGUUGAUGCUGAUUAUUAAUGGAGAAUUCUUAAUUCCUUAGGUGUAACUUGAGUUAAUACCUCUUGGUACCUUCCAACGUAAAGCAUAGUUAGUUUAAGAUAACCCAAAUUAGAUCUUUCAUGAGGUCUGUACUGUACAGGGGGGAAGGCAUUCAGGCCCAAACCUCAUUUGAAUACAUGUGUUUACUGUCCUCAGGGCAAUUUAAAGGGUCAGUGUGCUUAUUGGCAGACCAUAUUCACUGAUCUUUCUUCAAUAAAAAAAAAACAGUCUCUAAUCCUGGAACCAACAUUAGCUCUCCUGGCCAUUGGAAGGAGUUAGCAAAGCUAGCAGCUAGACUCAAAAUCACCAAACAUUGGAAGUCUGCAUCAGGUCGGGUCCCUCAAGAAAUGAAUGGUUUAAGAGGAUGUGAGGCAUGGCCUUGUGUGAGCAUUAACCCGUCGCAGGUGUUCUAAAAGGGGUCACAAAGCAAUACCAUUUUGAUGUUGUAUAGUCUCUGUUCAUACACUAUAUAAAUAAAAAUAGCACGUUCAUAGACCCUUCCGCCCAUGACAUAUGCCUCUGUGUGGUGAGAUUACCUUAUUGAUAUGUGACUCUUACUUUCCAAAUGCCCUUUCUUAGAAUCUAUCUUAUUAUGAUGUCUGCAAAAGUGUACGGAGCCUUCUGUUACUUUUAUUCCCACUGCAAUAGCAUACUCCACACAACCAUAGUUCUUUGUGUCUUUAUUAUUUAUCUUGUUUGAAUGUUGUUUUUGAAAGCUCAGUAAAGACGUCCUUUAAAAAACCCCAGCAUUUGAACAAUGAAACCAUGGCAAGACAUUGUAAUGUUCAUUGUGGCGUACUUUUCUUUUCUUACAUUUUCAUUCGUUAGCAAGAAGGCUCCCUGUGUGCCCAGCAUUGCUUGAAUAACUUACUACAAGGGGAAUAUUUCAGUCCUGUAGAACUGUCUUCUAUUGCACAGCAACUGGAUGAAGAAGAGCGAAUAAGGAUGGCAGAAGGAGGACUUUCUAGUGAAGAGUAUCAAACAUUUUUACAGGUAACAGCCUUUAAAACUUUUCAGAUGACCUGGCAUUAUUUCACCAGCUUGUUCUAUGCAAAUUUAAUAUGCUUAAAAUGGGAUUGGUCUACCAAAUAUAUUUCCUGGGUACCUAUUUUAUUUGCCUGGGGUGGUUUGUGGUUUACUAAAAAUAUAUUUAAGCAUGAAUAAAUUGUGAAGAAUGGGCAUAACUCAUUCUCAGCUUCUGUCCCCCCCCCCCCCCAAGCCUUUCUAGUAAUAUGGAUUAAUCACCUUCCCCUUUUCCAUUUGUUUUUGAACAGCAGCCUUCUGGAAACAUGGAUGACAGUGGCUUCUUCUCUAUUCAAGUAAGCAUUCUCCUUGUAGUCUCCCUUCUUAAAAAAAGUAAAAUGUUUACAUUUUUAAAAUGCAGUGUGUUUUACUGAGAGUUCAAUCUAUGUUCACAUUUUUGAGCCUGUUUAGGAGACAGUUCAGAUCCCUGUGGCUGCAACCCUACAGAUAAUUUUGAUCUUUAUAUGCCACUAAUUUUUCAGUAACAUUUAGGCAGCCUUAUAGUUAUUAUAGACGUUUCCUUUAAAUCAGAAGUCUUCUACAUACUUGGGGUUUGUGGUUUACAUGUAUCUUCCAAAGUGGCAAAAGCAUUAAAGUGGUGAAUGAUUCUUUUAUUACACAAUUGAAAUAUGCAGUUAUACAAUUUCAUUUUGUUUGGUCACGUGAGAUAAUUCCCUUCAAUUUGUGCUCUCGGGAAAUAGAUCAGCCCAUGGGUCCUCUAAGGCUUAUAUUUAAUGGAAAUAUUUCUCGUUUUUCUGAAUGGUGCAGCAAGAAAGUGAUAAUUGCAGCUCCAUGUUGUGCUAGGCCUUCUGUAACAAUUUUAGUGUUUACACUGAUGUUUCCUGAAUCAGGCAUGCAAAAUGUGAAAGGUGUGUUGAUACACACACACGUUGAAGAAACACUUCUCUUGUUUGCAUUGUAAGCUGUUUCAUGGGUAUCUCAGACUAAAAGAUGGACUAUAUAUUUAGUAACUAACUAGUGCCAAGAAAAUAUUGAGUGAAUAACUAGGGCCAGGAGCUUCAGAUCCGUGUACAUGACUGUGUGAGAGCUCCACACUUCACAUGUAUGCUACAGAAAACACCAGUGUUAAAAAGAAGAAGAAAGAAAUCCUUGAAACUGGCAGACUUACAAAUGCAACUUGCCACUUGCCACUUACAAUUCCACUUUGCUUUAAAUGGUAUUCUAUUUCUUGUACAGGGUGUCUGAGGUGAAUUGUCUCUGUGAUUUCCCAACUGCCUUUUUCCUAAACAGCUUUAAAAAGUGUGUGCCAAAAACUGUAUUUUGAACUGAAAAUGUAAAAUCAGAUGUAUUUGACAUUCUUCAAAAACGUGCAGAAAGUAUUUUGGGAAGGUCUCAAUAGUAAUUCUGGAUAGUAUACCUCUUGUGCAAAUAUCCUGACCUGCUUAGAACAUGGGUGGUUUUUGUUUUGUAUCUUAGAGCAUGCUAGGACAAAGUGAAAUCUUUUGUAGUUAUGGAGCUUGCUGAAUUAGGCAAAUUGCCUCUCAAUAGCUUGCCAACAUCCAGUUCAGGCAUUCGGCAUAAAUGAAGUGCAAAACAAAACAAAGUGACAAUUGUAUAGCUGUUUAUAACACCAGUUCAGGAGUGUUAUGCCUUUUGAGAAUUUCCUCGUCAAAUUGUGUAUUCGUUAUUCACCCUUAAAUGUGUUAUAUAUGUGGUCUGCUGAAUGUAGAUUCAUGAAGGUUGACUUUUGAAUUUUCUCACCCCAGUGGUUUCCUUUUAAUAAAUCUUACAUUUUUUCCAGUCCCAGCUUUGUGAAAACAAUAUAUUUGUUUUUAUAGUGGCUAAAAUGGUUGCAUUGCUUAGAUUUUAUAACUGACUGGUUUGUCUCAUGAAAAGUGCUGUUUUUUGACAGGUUAUAAGCAAUGCCUUGAAAGUUUGGGGUUUAGAACUAAUCCUCUUCAACAGCCCAGAGUAUCAGAGGCUCGGGAUCGACCCUAUGUAAGAAUUUCUUUUUAGCUCCCUGCUUCCAUUAUACAAAAAAAAAAAAAUGCAAGAAAAAGAAACCCUAUCAUUUUCCUCAGAGUUCCUUUUGAAAAUUAGUAUAUCAAGUUCUGGUUUUAUCCCCUCAGCAUUUUCUUUUUCAUAUUAUUGAGGCCUUACAUGUCCAUUUGUCCUCUGAGCCUUCAUGACAUCUCAGUAUCUGUGGCAUCACAGAAUGCUGACUUUGAAUGGUACGUGGCAUCAUAUCUGCUUUAUGACAUCAUGGUGUGUGUCUAUUAAUAUAUAUGCUUUAUAUAUACAAAAAUAUCAUCAAAAGAGUGCUAUCUCAAUUCUCUGAACCAUCAAAAUAUUUAAAUGAUCAAAUAUCUGAUUGAAAUUGUAGCUGAAUUUAAUAAAAUGCUUAAAAUGAUAGCAAAAUGACACCAAUGAUAGCAAAAAAAACCCAACCCCUUUAAAAUACGAGCUCUAUUAAUUCUUUGCAUACAUUGUGUUUUUCUUCUUUUAGAAAUGAAAGAUCUUUUAUUUGUAACUAUAAGGAACACUGGUUUACAGUUCGAAAAUUAGGAAAACAGGUGACAUUCUAUUUUUUUCUUGUUUAAAAAUUAGCGUCAAGCUUGGGUGUCAGAAGAAUGUUGCUUUUAGGGCCAAGUAUUAUAAUUGCGUAUUUGACAGCCUAAGACUGUAGUUGAAUAACAUUCACAGCUGUUUACUUGCAUCACAGAACAACCAUGUAGUUUGGCAUAAAUGUGCAUAAUAUGAAGGGCAGCAUCCCAGCAAUGUUCCAGCCUUUGGGCCACAGUUCUUUAAGUCUCCUUUCAAAUCAAUUGCAUGACGGCAUCUUCCAAUACUGGGAGGAGUGGGGAGAUGAUUGUAUUGUUGAUUUCUUUAAGAAAGCAUGCAAAGAACUAAAUGAAAUGAGAUAGAGUUUUAAAAUAAAUAAAUUAAGCGACCUACAUUUUUUUUAAAACAAACACCUUAUCCUGUGAGGAGAUGGGGCUAGUAUUUGCCACUUAAAAAUAAGAGAGAAUAAAAAUAAGAUAAUCUGGCAUGUUGAAGAGCUGUUGCUCAUGCUCCACAUCACGAGUUAUAUAAAAUAAGAUGCUCCAAAUAGUUGUGGCAGCUACAUUCCACGAGGCAGUUACAGUCAUAAUGUGUUCUCUGUGGUGAGAACAUCAAUUUUUUUUAGGGGGGGUUACAAAUUUUUAUACCUUGAGUGUUCAUGAACACAGGUCCUUCUCAGCAGAAGCAUGAGAUAUUUGGACUGCCUUCAAUAAAUGAACAAAGCCUGCACGUUUAGUUGGGCAUUUAUGUAAAACUGUAUCCUGCUUUUCAUAAAAUGGUUUCCCAUCAGUUAAAAAUUUGAUGGCAGGUGCUGUACACCAACAAACGCCCUGUCUUCAGUCUGUCAGACAAAAAAGGCAAGAUGAACAAAUGAGGGGAGCAAUCAGUUCAAAAGUGCCAGAACACAGUGUUGGGGUUGCUAAAAAUGAACUACAACACAUUUAGUCACCUGUUGACAUCUCCUACUCUAGUUGGUAGGUGCCUGUUGUGCUGCUCAUUUCUUCUGAGGUCUAGGUGAACAGCCAAAUCAUGCUACAUAGAAUCAGAAUUGCAGAGUUGGAAGACACGCCAAAGUGUCAUCUAGUUGUAACCCCUGCAGUGCAGGAAUCUCAGCUAAAGCAUUCUUGACAGAUCGCAUGAGCGCUUUGGCUGACGUAAUCAAAACUCGAAAAUGUAUGGUGAACUGUGCCCAAGCUAGGAGAUGGAGCAUUUCAAAGAAUGAGGCAUGACAGUUUCCGGAACAUUAAGAGUAUUGGAGAUGUAAAAAUGCACCCUGUAUCAGUUCAGUCAAAGGAUGUUCUAGGUUGAACGUUUAGUUGUGGCAAUGAAAUUUAAUGUUAAAUUAAUUGCUAAUAGGUUAUACCUUGGAAAUACACAAAUUCCACAGCUUUCGUAGAUGCUAUUUUGUGACUGGUGUCCAGUUUUCUCUGCCUUUUUAUAGGCUGUUAAGAAAUUAUGUAUAUAACACACAAGGCAAUAUUAGCCCCUAUAAAUAACAACACUUCAAACCUUCUUUUCUCACACUGCUCUAAGCCAAAAUAUUUGAAUAAGAUAUGCAGAGAGGACUAUUACCAGGAAAACAUCUUGAUAUGGUGCUUUAGAAGUAAAGCAAAGUCGUGGUUUGAUGUUAAGAGAAGAAGCAGGACCAAGCCUCAGGCUCUCAUGCUUCGUCUUUGCUUGCAUAUCAGGUUUAGCAAUAUUUGAUUCGGAUUUCUGACUGACCAAAGAUUUGCUAAUGGUUUGAUGGGUUCAAACAAAAUGGCACGCCGUGAUUGACAGGUUCUGAUCUCUGUGCUUCUACCUGCUCAUUCUUCCAAUUCAAAACCAGUUUUUGGCACUAAGGCUGAAUGCCCCCAAAAUCUAUUCAGUAAAGCUGACACCUCUGUGAUAUUAAAGCAUUGCAGCUGAUUUCUCUGUGGGUUGUCUAUUCAGUACAUUAGUCCCCUAACCUACAGAUUGAUCAGUGUUCCUAGACAGAAGCAACCAGAGUUGUUGUAUGGUACAGUGGUACCUCUGAUUACAAACUUAAUUUGUUUUGGAGGUCUGCUCUUAACCUGAAACCGUUCUUAACCCGAGGUACUACUUCCAGGUUAGCGGAGUCUAUAACCUGAAUUGUUUGUAACCCAAGGUGCUUGUAACCCGAGUUACCACUGUAAUUCUGAUGCAGUGGUUGCUAAUUGUUAACGUAGUUUCUCUCUGGCCUUAGAAACUUCUGCACCAGAAACAGCAUUGUGCACAGUUCUCUCCCAUGCAUGGCUGGCACUUCCUUUGAGCCCAGCCUAGAUCUGCCCCCCGACUAAAUGCUCCCACUAAAUGCUCUCACUGCAGGUCACCCAUAAACUUUGGAGGCGACUGGAGCUUUGACCAAUUCAGAAGUUAUUUGCAAGCAUCAGUUUAGCUUUAUUCAGAUAAUUAAUUUUCAGCUUCUUUAUUAGGCUAUAGUGGCAGCCCUACUGAAAUUUCAGAUGAAGCAGGCAAUAAGCAGUACUCAGUUCAUUCACUCAUGCUUGAAAGUUAUGUGUACUCAUAGCAAUUACAUAUAGAGCAGGUAGGCGUUUGCCAUGUACAAAAAUAAAUGAACUAAAUCACAUGUUAACUACUUUUAUUUGAAAUCUUUUUUCUAAAAUUACAGUGGUUCAACUUGAAUUCUCUCUUGACGGGUCCAGAACUAAUAUCUGAUACUUAUCUUGCACUUUUCCUGGCCCAGUUACAACAGGAAGGUAAUGCUAACUUUGAAAUAUUGAGCCCUGUUAUUUGAAAGCAAGAGUAAAAUUCAAAGGCCAACCAAUGAUGUUCAUGCAAGAAGUCUGUCUUCCUCAAUUUUAUGAAUAAAACAAUGACAUCCACUAAGUGUACUAGUUAUAAUGAAGGGAAGACAGAAUGCAAAAUACUGGCAAAUGACAGUUUUAUUCUCUUCCCUAUUCCCCCUCCUCUUUUUUUUUCCUUUGUAAUGUUUCUUGAUAAGUUACGGUCUCUCAUAUUUUGGCUACUUGCUUUUACUUUCUUCAGGCUAUUCAAUAUUUGUGGUAAAGGGUGACCUUCCAGAUUGUGAGGCUGACCAGUUACUGCAAAUGGUUCGGGUGCAGCAGAUGCAGCGGCCAAAAUUGAUUGGGGAAGAGACACUGCAAUCAAGAGAUCAGAGGUAAGGUAAAUAAAAACUUGUAUUUUAAUCAGUGUUGAGCGUUGGCUGUGAGUAACAUUGAACUCUGAAAGUAAGCAAGGAAAUACAGUAAGAGAUAACAACUACCCUUUUGUAGCAGGAGUGAGAGUAAUUCGAAACAUCUUUCUCUCUGCCUGCUUUUAUCUGCAAAACUCCUUUGUGUAGGCUAGAGAUGAACUCUUAGCUUCCUUGUCCCUGAGUGUUCACUUGCCACUUCUUCCAACUUCAUGGCUGUUGUCCUCCACAAUACUAAAUAGGACGUAUAUUUCCCUAUGCCACCUUAUCAGUGGGAAGGUUGUAUAAGAACAAGAAAAGGUACAGGCAGCCCCCCAUUGAAGUGUGUUCAAUAUGUGUCUGACCAUGUAUAUGUGCAUCGCACCAAACCCAGAAGUAACCCAGAAACGUAAUAAAAGAUGCCCCUAAGAAGGCGGAAUGGGGGCAGAGUAGGUAGUGGGGGCAGAAUGGGUGUUUGCAGGCUUUUUGAAUUACAUGGAAGUGUGCUAUGACACAGAACACAAGCCCCACGCAAAUCAGGGGUUGCCUAUAUAUCAAAUUUGGAAUUACAAGUUUUACAUUAUGUCUGUAUAGUGCAUUGCUGGGGGUGAGGGAAACUUCAUUUAUAUAGAAACCCUAAAGAGCAUGCUUCCCUAGGUUUAUAGCUAUCCAUUUGAAUGCAAAUCUACCAAGGAUUCCAAGCAAAGAGAGCUGUUCCAAAGAGCCCACCCAUGAUAAUAUUCACCACCUUUCCUCCUGCCACACCUCUGUUGAAAGGCAUCCUCAAUUAUUAGAUUCAUACUAACCAUAUUCCGUAUCUUAAGUCAGCAAAGCAUUUUGAGCUCCGCUUACCUGUUUAGCAGGUUUCCAGAAUGGCAAAACAACACUUAUCUUUGACUACAUAAAUGCCGUCAGUUGUGACUCAUAAAGAAAUGAAUGCUGUCACUAUGAUGGAGAAAACCUAACUCAGUUAACCAAAGUGUAGUGCAGUUUAAUAGGUGUGUGGCAACACUGCCUAACUUGGUGGAGGGAGUGCCUGCCUCUUCCAGAAUUAUUGACGUGAAGAAAACCCCAUUCCCUGUUAUCCUCAAUUGUUAUGUUAGAGCGGGCUAGAGCUGGGAAUGCAGUUUGAGAGUUAUUUUGAUACUUAGCAUGCUUUUAUUCAAAAUAGCUCCAUCAGAUUCUUCAUGUUGUUUUCUACUCUUCCUACUGUUGUAUGUGCUAUUGGGGGGGGGGGGAAUAGAUAAGUUUGAAUCUUUUUUUAAAAAAGAUCUUAAAUGUUUUCCCCACUGCUUUGAAAAUGUGGUAGAACUUGAAAUCAUUGACGUUAGAGUGAAGCCAUUUUUAACUUUGUAAUCCUUGCAGGGUACAAAAAACAGACCUCGAACCAGCUGUAGAUGUUAAUCCUCCCUUUGAUGGUACAGGCAUGUUAGAUGAAGAUGAAGAGAAUUUCCAAAAAGCACUUGCUCUCAGCAGACAGGAAAUAGAUAUGGAGGAUGAAGAAGCAGAUCUCCGUAGGGCCAUUCAACUUAGUAUGCAAGGUAAAAUGCUCUUUUAGAUUGCCGCCCCUGGAAUGCCCCCUCCCUGUAGACCCAGCUGUCACCAUCCUUUUUAAAAUAAUUUAAUCAACAAGCAAGACUUUUUUAUUCUCUGAAGACUUUCAGUGGGUGAUUGGUGGUGGUUUUUAUUUUUUUAUACUGCUAAUUUUUUUAGGAGGAAUUUGGAUGAUAAACCACUGAAAAACUGUAAAUAGAAGAGUAGAAAAUUAAAAUCAUUUUAAAUUUAAUCUGCUGUAUCCCAGUAAUGGUGUAUGUGCAUGUUUUAAUUUUAGGAGGUGGCCUUAGAAGUGGUUUCCCAGAUUCUUGCACACAAAACGUGCCACAUUCAUCUGCUACAAGCCACUCUGAAUCUCUUACAUCAGAAGAGCUGCGGCGGAGAAGACAGGCCUAUUUUGAAAAGUAAUGUAGACACUGCAAAGUGGGAUUUGUUCGUAGCAGUCCCAGAAGUAUUUCAUUACUUGGCCAUUGCAUUAAGUAAUACCAGUGUUUUACUGGUAUCUCUAACUCCCUCUCCUGGGCCUCAUCACAUUUGAUUGAUUUAUGAUCAGUUAAUUUAUUCAAGACUAUUUUCACAUCAGUGGUUGUCUAGUAAAUGCUUCCUCAAUUCUGUAGAUGUCUCGAUUACUUUGUAAAAACAUUCGGGUGGGUAGCUGUGUUCGUCUGCUGCAGCAAAAAUAACAGUGUGUUGCUUUUGAUUCAUUUUAUUCUUGGUUGUGGCACAGGAUUGGGCUAGGUUUUUCCAUCCUGCCUAAUAAAUAUUUUAGAAUUGGGUAGAUAUUUCUUUUUAAAAUGUAUAUAAUUGACUAUCAAAAAAAAGCACUGCUACAGCUCAUCACUCUUUGUUAGGUCAGUACUUUACAAUCUUAACACAAAUACUGUUCCAUUACUGAAAAGGAAAAUGAAGCAAACUAAGGGUUUGCAUCUGAUGUCACACAAGCAGAAUUCUGUUCCAAAAGGUCCCCCAAAGCCCUGGGGCAGAUUUGGAGGGGGGGAAGCAGGGGGAGGAUGGGAAGAAGAUGUCCUGUUGCACAAGCAGAGGUCUGCGAAUGGGAAAUCUGUUCCACUCAGGCAACAGCAGCAUUGAAUGAAACUCUUAAAGCCAAGAUGGGAAGGCAAUGACCAACGCGGGUAGCAGACCUUUAUAACAUUGCCAAGGGCAGAUCUUGCUGUGAGUGUUAUUUAAACUGGUAUGUAUGUGAAUGAAUAUUUACCCUUACUUUACAACAUCACAGAACUUGUUUAGUCAAAAUUAGAACUGCAUAUUUAGAUUCCACUUUUAAAACUAUUAUUGACUGUUCUAGACAGCAGCAGUUGCAUCAGCAAGUUCAGAACCCAGGUUUCCAUGAUGCACCAGUUACAAAUUCAAAUACACUGGUCACCGAUCCAGGUAUUACUUUCCGUCUAUCAUAUUACCAUAUAUGUGUUACCUUACUGUUCUGCCUACUGUUUUCUACAUGAUGUUUUCAGAUGUCAAGGAAAAAACAAUUAUCUGACUUUUAGAAGACAUCUGAAGGCAGCCCUGUUUAGGGAAGUUUUUAAUGUUUGAUGUUUUAUCGUGUUUUUACUAUUCUGCUGGGAAGCGCCCAGAGUGGCCAGAUGGGUGGGGUAUAAUAAUAAUAAUAAUAAUAAUAAUAAUAAUAAUAAUAAAAUAAUAAAAUAAUAAUAAUCCUUUCUAACUUGGUGGGUCAUCAUUUCAGUCUUGACUUGGGAAGAUUUGGUAUAGCUAUCUGUAUAGUUUAGCAAGUGAAUGAAUGAUACGGUGCAUGUUUGUGUAUUUUCUACUAACUGCCUAGCCUCGUGUUUUAGUCAAUCAAGAGGCAAUCUAGAGCAAUGACUAACUCAUCAUUAGCUGUGACUGCAGGUGCAUCUAUAAAGAAUGCAAAAAGGAGAAACUAGUUAUCAGAAGUGCCAACUGUGAAUAUUUGCUGUAGCUCAACACAUUUCAGAACUGAAGUUCUUCAGGAACAAUCUAGAGAGAAUCAAAACUGUAAAAGACAACUAUUGAUGUGUAAACAAAAUACUAUUCAAACUGUUUGAAAUCUUAGAGAUAUAUACAGUUGUACCACGGAUGUCGAAGGGAAUCCGUCCCGGGAGUCCGUUCAACUUCCGAAACGUUCGGCGACCAAGGCGCGGCUUCCGAUUCGGAACCCGCAUAACCCGCCUUCGUAAACUGGAACACUCACUUCCGGGUUUGCGGCGUUCUGGAGCCAAAACGUUCGACUCGCAAGGGGUAUGACUGUAGUUACCGAAAAAAGCCAUCAUUUAAGAGCAGUGUAACAAAACAAUACAAAUUGUUAGAACUACAUUAACAGGCUCUUCAGUUCUGACAUGCAUUGAUUACUAGUUGGCACUUUGGAUAACUAGUUUCUCCUCUUACUUUUUUUUGGGGGGGGGGGUUUGCAGCCAUAAAACAUAAUGGGGUUGCUGACAGUAUACUAACACCAGUGAGGGCCCAGAGUACCCCAGCCAUACAUGCUGUUUAAUCUCCAGAGCAAGCAAGUCUGAUUUCUUUCUUCAUGCCACAUUAUAGGGAAGAAACUGAUAUGGAGCACUAUUUCUUGGAAUUCUCCAUAUUCUAUUUGUUGGAUCAAGACAAGUGCAAGUCGUUAUUGAUCUUCUUGUUACAUGCUCAGUAGCCAGGAUAACUCUUCCACCCCCACCCUCUAGCAGAUGGGUGCAUGCUGAAAUUUUUUUUAAAAAACUACACUGCUAUUAAGAACUGAGCAUUUUAUCAGGGAAAAGGUAUAAUGAAGUCAGUAAAAUCUAAAAAGAGAAACGACAUAUACAUUUCCCCUUUUCAUAGCUGUAUUUUAGAACCUAAUGCAUUUUAUCUUCUAUUUUGCCAGGAGGUGAUAUGAGUGAAGAGGAUAUGCUUCAGGCAGCUAUGAAUAUGUCCUUGGAAACUGUUAGAAACAGCUUGAACACAGAAGAAAAGAAAUGACAAAAAUUCCUAGUUUUAUUUUAUCGAAACACUAAAUCCUGUAUUGAUCCUAUGCGGGUGGUAUAAAGGUAGGGUUCAUUUCACUGAUGUACCAAAGCAGGAUAUAGCCCUAAAGCCUAUGGGGCUGAGGAUCAGAAUUAAAAGUCAAUUGCAUAUAAUAAAAAUAAAGUCUUCUCACCUCAAGGUUUUAGUUCCCCAUGCCACUAGUUCUAAUCAAGAUUGUAGAUUUGCUGCACGUGAGCAAAAGGAUUAUCAGUUUGUUCUAAAAUCUCAACUCACCUUCCUGAUCCAUAGAUGUUCAGGGUAAGUUAGUGAUUCCUUCAAAUAGUUGUAUGGGGUAGCAGCCCUGUUCAGUUGUGAUGGCGUAUUCAUGCGGGUUUCUGCACAGCAAAAUCAACUGUACCCAGUUACACAGAGGUCCAGUCCUGAGGCUUUUCUGUUGGGAUGCUAGCCAGCAUUGGGUGACACCUGCAGCUUCAUCGGCUCACGUACAUGCCUUAAGGCAUUCCAAACACCUCUGUAUUUUGGAUAUUUUAAGCCUAUAUAAAUAUAAUUUGCCUUUCACUUCUGAAAGAUAUUUCUGUUACACAGUUUUUUAAAAGGGGAAAGUUGGCUUGUAUUCUCAGUCCUUCUUACGCAAACUAUUUUAAUAGACGAAAUUAAAUAAAGUUAUUUUACCAGUAUAAGAAAAGAUGCAAAAAAAAAGGUCUGGUUCCAGAACUGAAUUUUGAUUGUUUUAAGGACUGCAAGAGAUACAAACUAACAAGCCCAUCUUGCAUCUUUUUCAACUGUAAAUACUUUUCCUUUUUUUUGGAGGAGGAAAGGGAACGUUUUCAUUUAUUAUACUCUUUCUGCUAAAUUUUGGGCAGUUCUGCCCUCAAUGCACUGUUUUAGCACUCUGAUUCCCUGAACAUUGGUUGAAUAGCUGAAGUAACAAGUUGUGGAGCAUAUUUCAGAACCGGUUACUUUAAUUCCUAUUCUGUUACAUGGGAAUUGUUUUCUGAUCCCUCGUUUUAUCCUUUCUCCCCGUUCCUGUGCUUCUAUACAAGUGUUAGACUGGAUAAGCAAAAGAAACUGCCUUACAUUGAGUUAAACCAUCGGUCUAUUUAGUCCAGUUACCAUCCCCUCUGACUGGCAGUGGGUUCUUCAAGGACUCAAGCAGAGGUCUUUUCCAUCCCUGCUACCUGAGUUUCUUUUAACUGGAAAAACCUGGGGUUAAACCUGGGACUUUCUGCAUGCAAAGCAUGUACUCUGCCACUAAGCUAAGGCCUUCCCAGAAUUCCAGGCUUCUUUUUUAGGAGUAAAGAAGAUGAGGAAACAUUUUAAUGCCAUGACUUCAGUGCCACCUGUAUACCUGCUUUCUGAAAUGAACCCUGCAUGGUUACCUAUGUGUUAAGAAUGGAUAUUCAUAAAUGAAUGUGUGUGGGUGUGUGCUCUAUCAGAUGUUAAUGAAUGUCCUCUACCUGUAAGAUUUUUGCCGCUUUUCAUGAAUGGCCUUUGUUCAUGCACCUUACAGUUUUUUUUCUAUCGUCGUGUCUGUUACUGAGGAAAAUGGGGGAGCAAACUUAGAGCUUUUUUUUUUAUUCUGUUAGUUGAGGUAUACAAGAGUACUACGGGAGGAUGACCACAUUUGGCAUUCUGUAUUACAAAAAAACAGUUUUAACAUUUUUAUUUUUAUUUUGUAAAUGGUGCUUUAAGCAUAUAUUAUGUUUACAUAUGUAUCUUAUGGCUAUGGUCUUGGGAUGUUUACAGUGUUCAGACUGUAUACUCUGCUUAAACCAUAGGCAUUUGCCAGGUAUACCAAGAAAAAUAUUGCAAAACCUAUUGUUAAUUUCUUUUGAUAAUGUUUUCAAAAUUAAUUAUAUUAUUGCACCAUCUUGAAGUGUCAUCCUUAGCUACUGAAUGAUAGAUAACUGUAUGCAAAUAUAUGGUACGACAAAGGAAUACAUUACAAAGAAGAACACUUGGAUUUUGAUAAUGUUUGUUUACAACAGUGAGCUUUAGAUGCUUGGCUAGUUAUAGAAGCUGAAUCCCAUUUAUCUUACUUGCAUGCUUCAUGUUUUGUUGAUCUCUCUAAAAACCAUUGCAUAAGUAUGGAUAAUGGGAUUUGGCCCUGAGGGUAAGCAUUGCUUUUAAGAAUGCAUCUAGCUUUACCAUUUCCAUAAAAUUAAGGCAACACUGUUUUGCGCUACACAAUUUACUUGAUUUAUUAACAGGAGGAAAUUAGCUUGCCAAACUUAAUGCACAGUCAUUGUUUUUAAAACUUCUGCACCAUUAGUUACAUAAAGCUGUCUGCAUUGAUUUUUUGUUUUUGCUUUUAAGGUAUUACUUGAAAACAAAUAUGCGAAUGGAUUCAUAUAAAACAUGAAAUCAUACCAGUCUGUAAAAAUGAUGAUUUUUUUUCCUUUGUACUUUUCCAAUAAAUCGUGUUCUUUUGAACAAGUUGAAUCUGUUGGAAUUUAGGGCCACUUUUUUUCAAGAUACUUUUACUUGAGUGCAUAUAUCCCAAGAACAAAAUAUACAUGGACCACAUCAAUUAUGGAAGGUGUGCAGAGGUUUCUAAAUCUACCUUUCCAUUUAGAAUACACCAAAGAUGGAGGUCUGUUGUUGCAUAAUUUAUAGAGUACAGCUGUGGUUCAAACUUACACACACCUUAAAAAUGGAUGCUGUACAUGUAUUUGUGUAGCCUUUAGUUAUUUUGAAACACAAGACUUCUUUAUAUGGAAACAAGACUCCCAAAAACUAGCUUUAAAAUGCUUUUGAAAGGCAUGGUAGCAGCCCCUGACCUUGAUAUGCUGCUCCUAAGGGUUAUAUUAAUGGAAAGCUUUGAGCCUUGUUCAUUUUAGUUUAAAAAUCUUACAUGAACUCUCUCCAUGAGUUUGGACUGCAGUUUAUGAACAAAACCUGUUGUCCAGUAAUGUCAGUGUCAGAACUACCUGAAGCAUGGGAAACAUUGAAUGUAUCUUCUGUUCAUUUCAUAGCCUAAUUUCCAUAUUAGGGGAAUGCAGAAUCCAGUUCUGGCAGGAAGGUAAACAAAUUUCUUUCAAAGCUUCUAAUGUUAAGCUGAUAUGUAUUGGAUACUUGUCUUCACAUUCCAGCCAGGUUCUGCAUUAACUUUACUAGGCUUUUUGAUUCAGCCAUCUUUUCUCUUAAUCCUGCUGAGCACCACCAGCACAUUCAUUAUCUUCAAAACCAGAAUUAAGUCAGCAGAGUGUGUGUUGGGGUGUGCGUAUGCAACUUCUGUAACUAAAUAAGUUGAUAAUGUGUGCAGCGUUCCUCGACAACCCUGUUGAAGACAGUCUCAUUUUGAGAGAGGGAGCAGGUGGCACUGUGAUCUAAAGCACAGAGCCUCUUGGGCUUGCCAGUCAGAUCAGAAGGUCCGCAGUUUGAAU